CAGAAGCCAAGCAAGACAUGGCAGCGCCACAGGACCACUGAACCUCGACAUUUCAGCAGCAAGGUCAUACCAGAUGAUGCAAGCUUGGGCCUAGGGAUGCGCCAAGCAAGUUUGCAAAACAAGACCUGUCAGCAGGGUGAAUCAGUAACAAGACAGAGUCGACCUGUGCAGGAAGCAACUUUGCUGCUGGCGCUCAAGAGUACUGUAAACUGGUGAGCCAGCAAUGUGCGCAGUCUGAACAAAUGGGUAUGCCGACAACACUUGUCAGAGCGGCAAACGCAUAUGCAGACAACGCUGCUCAGCGCGACAAACGUGUAUGCCGUCGGUGCGGUUCACCGCGACGAACGCGUAUGCAGACGGCGCUGGUCACCGCGACGAACGCGUAUGCAGACGGCGCUGGUCACCGCGACAAACGUGUAUGCCGUCGGUGCGGGUCACCACGACGAACGCGUAUGCAGACGGCGCUGCUCACCGCGACAAACGUGUAUGCCGUCGGUGCGGGUCACCGCGACAAACGUGUAUGCUGACGGCGCUGGUCACCGCAACAAACGUGUAUGCAGACAAGGCGCGCGCGGGCGCGGAUCCAGCUCGGCUUUUGGUGUUGAGGCGCCACGUGGGUCGUGUGCACUGCAGCCAUCUGCGCGCGAACUCUUUCGCAGCUUGACACUCGUACCAGAGGAUCCACACUCUGGUCAACGCCAGAUGAUAGCCACGCCUCUCACCUCACUACUACACUAGAUUCUCCAACUCAAAAACUUUCGACGGUCAGCGCUGUGACUACACUUUAUUCAACAU